GUUUCCGUUUCCGGUACAGACUGACAAGUGACAACAUUUCGGCUGAUUUAUGUUUUUCAAAUAAAAUGAUAUUAUAGUCCCGAUAUAGUAUACUGUAACCUUAAUUUAAACAUGUAAAUUUGAAUCAGUUUUGAUAUUAUUAUUAUGAAAGAUGGAGACAAUCGCAAAUGUGACCGUAGAAUAAUAUCCAAAAUAAUGGCCACAACCGAUCACUACUCAACUUGAUCCUUGUUAGUUCAACAUAAAACAAGAUAUGGCAGACUACGGAGACAAUAUUUUACCAAAGCAUGCCAUUUAUAGAGGACCUUCGUCAACGGCAGCAGUGUAUAUUGGAUUAUUGAUUGUAGCCAAAAUUUUGAGAGGUGUUGGAUUAUUCUUGGCCUACGACUUGUUAAAACUUAUCCCUGUUGUGUUAUUCCUGUUUGUUCUUAAAGCAGGGGCCACUAUUCCACUAGUAUUAUUACAGAAACCAUUCUCUUCAGGAAAGCCUAUAACAAAAAAUCAGUGGUUUCGUAUAACUCGUCAUGCAUUUGUUGGUUGUAUACUUGGAGUAUUAUGGAUGUUUGGUUUAUCACUGUGUGGACCUUUACGUACAAUAUUACUGUAUGAACACAGUGACAUCUUAGUUAUAGCCUGGGGUAGUACUCUCUUCACAAACUCCGGGGCAAGUCCAGCAAAGAUCCGUGGUGCUGUAUGUUUCCUGGUGGCUGUGAUUGCAUUGCUUCUGUUUGACCAUGAUGAAAAAUUAGACAACCUCUCUGACCAUGAUUCGGACCACAGACAUCAUAAUAUAUUGACAUAUAUGUUUUAUCAUGUGAUCAACAUUGUUGGAUGGUCGGAUCAUAAGGGUGGCGUUGUAUUGUUGUUCCUCACUCUUUGUCUCAAUGUUGGAUAUAACAGUGCUGCAAAGAAGUUAUCUGUUGAUGUGGGAGGAGCUAAAAGAUUACACUCCCUGUCAUCACUGAUACAGGCUAUGAUCCUCGGACCGUGGGCUUAUAUUGUAUCUUCUGCUUCAGAUUCUCAGGUCUCCUGGAUUUCUAUGAUUUUCCCACUUGCACUGAUCAUAUUGUUUGUGUUUAUCUUUGACUACUAUAUCGAGGCAGUAUCAGUCGUACAUAUCCAGGCCACGAAGACAGCCGAGUAUGGAGCGUAUGCCAUGUUUGGUGGUGCCCUGUUCCUAGCUUUAACCUGGAACCAUCCAUAUACUGCCACCAUGACCAGUAUGAACAAACUACAGGAGAUUAUCACAGAGGAUCAUGUUCUAUCAGCUGGUGUUGUCUUCAGUCUUGGUGCUUUUGUCCUUGCUACAAAGAUUUUGUUGGGUCCAGUGCGAAGUAACAAGGGGAAUUUUAUUGGCUACAGUAUGGAUGGAAUGCCGAUGUAUAGUUUUACACGAGAUGCGUUACAGCAGACAUCACAGUCUCUUGUCAUGCACCUGAAACACUCACUCAAACAAGUCCUUGAGGAUAAUGACUCGAGGAAAAUAUUCUACUUCCUCUGUAUAAACUUGUGUUUCACAUUUGUUGAGAUGAUAUAUGGUGUAUGGACAAAUAGUUUAGGUCUGAUAUCAGAUGGUUUUCACAUGUUAUUUGACUGUUCUGCCCUUGUGAUGGGCCUCUAUGCUGCGAUGAUGACCCGCUGGAAGGCCACUAGAAUAUUCUCAUAUGGGUUUGAUAGAGUAGAGGUGUUAUCAGGAUUUGUAAAUGGUUUAUUUUUGGUUGUGAUAGCAAUAUUUGUGUUCUCUGAAUCCCUCCAUCGUCUUGCCGAACCCCCAGAAAUAGACACCAAUAGAUUACUGGCAGUUUCUGUGAUAGGACUUUUAGUUAAUAUGAUAGGAAUAUUUGCUUUCCGUGGUAGUCAUGGACACUCACAUGGAGGGGGUCAUGGACACUCACAUGGAGGUGGUCAUGGACACUCACAUGGUGGGGGUCAUGGACACUCACAUGGAGGGGGUCAUGGUCACCAAACUUCACAUCAUCAAUCACAUAAUACAAAUAUGGAAGGAGUGUUUCUUCAUGUGUUAGCAGACACUCUUGGUAGUGUUGGUGUCAUUAUAUCAUCGUUACUGAUAGAAAAUUUUGGUUGGAAUAUAGCGGAUCCUAUAUGUUCACUAUUUAUAGCCACAAUGAUACUGCUCAGUGUGUUCCCACUGUUGAAGGAGACUUCAUGUAUAUUAUUAUUACGGUGUCCCUCAGACAUGGAGAACGACAUAUCUGAAGCUUUAAAUAAGGUGUUGAAUCUCGAAGGUAUUGUUUCCUACAGGGAUCCUCAUUUUUGGUUCCACACAUCUAGUAAAGUAUUUGGGACUUUACACAUACAUAUAUCACCUGAUGGGGUUGAACAAAAACUUAUUUCACAGGUGAGUGCAAUAUUAAAAGAUGGAGGAUUACAUUCAGUGACUGUCCAAGUAGAGAAAGAUGAAUAUUUUCAACAUUUAUCAGGACUUGGGGCCAACUUAGAUCAAAACUCUACAAACUUUCCUCUUCUAAAUUUUGACAAAAGCAAUAGUGUAAAAGCUGUGUAGUUUUUCACAACUAGAUGAAUGUUACAAUGGUUACAAUGUUUGAUACAGGAGAUUAUAUCUUAAGUUAAAACAGCUUAUCCUUUC